AUGUGGGAGCUGGUGCAAGCCCGAGCGAUGCAACCACCUGUGUUGCACAACAUACCCGGAAACGAGUCCUGUCUCUUCCAGCCCGUCUCCUCACAAUCUGGCGUGAAACUAACAAGCCGCUGCUACAACGGGACCAACCUCAAAGAAUCCCUACAAGGUGUCCAAAUCCUCGUAAACACCAUCGGGCCCGCAGGCCAUGACUUCAAAACAAAGAUCGCCGCCGCUCUUCCGCAAACCAAUAUCCAAGUCUACUUCCCCUCCGAAUUCGGCGUCGACCACUACGGCCACGACUUCGCCCAUCUGGAAUGGAACGAGAAGAAGAAACACCUUGCGAACGCGCAGCGAAUAGUCUCGCAUAUGAGUGUCAAGAUCUGUCGCGUAUUCUGCGGCUUGUUUCUAGAAGGCAGUAUCGGGCCGUGGUUCGGUCUCGAUACCCAGAACGGGCAGUAUACAAGUGUUGGGUCGUCUCGUACGCCGGUGUCAUUUACCUCGCUUGGGGAUGUCGGUAGGACGGUUGCUUCCUUGGCGACUCUGCCCGCAGAGAAGAUUCUAGAUGUUGUUCAUGCUGGUGGUGACUCGCGCUCAAUUGCGGAGAUUGCGGGGAUCAUGGAGUCUGCUGGUGCGGGACGAAUUAAUAUUGACUGUCUCCCCUAUGAGGAAUAUAAGAAGAAGGCUACUGCUGGGCCUUCGGGGCGUCCCGCUGCUUGUUUGUGGUUCUUGAUGGGUGACCGGGGUAUCGCUCACACUCCUGCUUUUCUAUGGAGCGAUAAUGAGCUUGUUAACCCUGGUCAGCGGCUGUGGAAAUGGAAGACUGUAUGGGAUUUGGCGAAGGAAACGAAUGGACAACCUGUGAAAGAUGUUGUCUGGCCUCGUCAUAAGUAG